AGCGGUGGUGUGACAGCUCGUGCUACGAGGGUCCGCUCGGAGUUGCCGCUGCCGCUGCUGCCUCUUCAGUGCGCCCGCUUCGCGAAGGCAGCUACACCGCGUGGCUCGGCGCCUCUUUGGUGAAGCCCACCGCCGACCGACACCCCGCCGGGCACAUGGCUUCGGACGGGCCGCCGUCGGGCUGGCGUCGGCGCCGUUUCGCCGGCUGGGACCUUUCGGCGACCUUGUUGGCCGGUGGCACGCACCUGUGUCUGUCUCUGUGCAUCCUGUCGUCUUGCCUGCCAGCCGGUCCGCUGUCCGCUCUGUCACCGGUGCUCGCGGCGCCGUCGAACGUCAACGACAAAUCGUCCGGCGCCAAACCACCGUCCCCUGUCGAGCGCUGCACCAACGACCAGUACCAGCGCUGCCUGGCGUCCCUGGAGAGCGUAGCCAAAGGCGAGGACAUCACCCUGGUCACCAGCAAGAGGGAGCUGCACCACGUCUGCAGGAAGCUGAAGCGCGUGGUGGACUGCGUGGACGAGCACACGGCGCAGUGCUUCGACGCGACGUUGCAACGCCUCUUCAACCAGGUGGUGGCCGGCGCCAAGGAGACCAUCGCCGAAGUAUGCCUGCCGGGAGACACACAGGACGACUUCCUUCGGCACGCCCGCUGCAACCGUAACGUGACGCUGGACGAAGAAAAGUGCGCCCCUGCCUACCGCCGCACACUGGAGCUGGCCAAAACCGUGAGCCAGGCGCAGGACGUCGACCACGGGCUCAAGAGAUCCUGUUGCGCUUUCAGCGAGUUCGUGGAGUGCAAGAACUUCCACGUGGAACGCGACUGCGGCGACCGGGCGAGCGCCUUCUUCGCGCGCCACAUGCAGCGCAUCUCGGGGCCGCUCAUCGAGGACCACUGCGGACACUACGCGCACGGCGGUAGCUGCGACGACAGCGCCGCCUCCUCGGCAGACCGCGGAACUAUAGCUGGUCGCCGGUGGCCGCUGCUUCUGGCCGCAGCGCCCAUCGCAGUCACGGCCGUCUGGUCCGUCAGUGCAGGGCGCCGUUGAACCAUUGAACCACUAACAAGGCAGUGUGUUUAAGAGAAAGCUGGAAAGGUUGAUCUACACUCUUAAACACAAAAGGUGUCCGCCUAGCGACUGUUUUAUCGCGGGAGUUUACAGCGUGCUUGUUUCUUAGUGAACUCCGUUUUACUGAAGGUCUCCGUGAUCUUCUGCGCGGUAUACGUUCGUAGGCGGUAACUGCGCGAAUAGGGAGCACGCAUCCCGCAAUCAAACCAAAGCGGAAUUAAAAUAAAAAUUUUAUUCCAACGAGCUUCGUCCGUGGUCCGAGCGGCGCUAUGCCCUCGUUAUCACCGGGAUAGGCUGGUAGUGAACUGUGGAUGAUAAGAGAAGAAUAUAGCAUAGAGGCGAAAGGAAUUCUUACAUUGUACCGGCCCAAUUGUUGUUAGUUAGCGCCGUGCGUUGUCUGUGUCUUAUCGCCGUCCUGUACCGGUUUUGUGGCCUCGUAAGAUAAAAAAAGAACAACAAGCCCAGACCUACACGCUUCAUAAACGGUGCAUUCGUUCCAUGGAGAGGUAAUGUACUCCUCUGAAGAGUACGAGAAUAACUGAAGAAAGCUAUGAUUCCGGGCCAGUCAGUGUUGCAUUGUUCGAUAGAAAUUUCGCGCAGAAACACGGAACCAAAACAAACACACGCACACACACAAAAGUGUUGUUUACUUCUCUCGUGUACUUGCGCUGAAGUUUGUUUUUAACAGUGCAGCAGCUCUCAAAGACGGUCUCAAAUACGUGAAAAGUAGUUACUUCUUCAAAAAGGCGUUUCCAGCGUACCCUUUGCUCUUAAAGUGUUUAUGUACACGCGUGGCAUGAUAACGUAUGAUUGAAUUAAGCGCCUGUCUGUUGCUGUGCAUGGGAGGAAAACGUCCUCAUCGCGUCCUGAGAAUCUCUACCUCUUUGCUCUUCUGGCGCUUGGGGUGUGUCCUUACGCACGACAAAAGCCACAAGGACAGACGAGAUGAAGGACUGAGUCGCAGGAAAGCGCAGGACGAGACAGGUCAACGUUUGUAUUGUCAUUUCUUUCUCAUUGUACUCUCAUUAUCCCCAGUCCAUAACGCCGGGAACACAUCACCAAACUUUAUCUUCUGUAUGGAGUACUCAUAUGGCUGCGGUGUUGUGGCAUUGAAGUUUCACGCCACACCGAAUCACCUCUUCAGCAUCAACACUGAAGCCAAUUUUGUUUGUCGGUUUAGGAUUUUUUUCAGCUCAGUUGAUGGACUUUGUUCUGGAGUUUGUCCAUUUGGGCAACAGUCUCUUUGUUAUCUGUUUUUCUUGCUAUCAUAUCGCUAGUCGAAUCCGAACAAAAUGAAAAUUCAUUGAAAAGUAUGAGGGAUGUGCAAAGAUUAUUGGAUGCCUUUAAACAUGGAGAGGUGGUCGAACGGCUACGCGAUUACGUGUGAGACAUUGUAUAAUUACGAAGCAUUGUUACAUUUCAACUGUCAUCUUCAUCUUGCCUAACUCCAAAUGUGAAACAAAAUACAAAUGGUUAUGAGCAUGCUAUAAUUUAAGCAGGCAAGCUUCACCAUCAUGUAUACGAACAAACCAGGAUCGCACUAAUAUGUUUACAUACACUAUUGUGCUUGACGCAACAAAAUAAGUGGAAAAGAAAAAGAGCGUUUCCUACAUACAUACCUGAGCAUAGAAGUGUCAUUAUACGAGCAUCGCGUACCUGUGUUUACGUGUACGGUUUAUUUAACCGCAGUGUUGGUCGAAAGACGGAGCCACAUGCUCGUAAACACGCCACUCACAUAAGGUGCGAGAGUUGGUACCAUGAGUUCCAGCUUGCUAUACGCGCACUCUUCAUCAUUUGCGCAUCAUCUGGUAUUUCUCAUUUGCGUAUCUCUUGCAAGGAUAAAGCAGGCACUUGGAUACAAAGGAUGAAGAAGGGGGAGUAGACUGGGACGAGGUGAUUCUUCAGCUGGCGCAUGCAUUCACGUUGAGGAGCACUUACCGUUGCAUUCUUGACCCAUCAUUGUGGGUCAGAAGAUGGCAGGCUUUAAAUACCGCAAUAGGACGAGUGUCGAAGUUCAAAUGAAAUAAAAUGAAAUAAAAUCAAAUCAGAAGGUUGUAACUCGGGCUUCCUCUCAUCAGCGUAGGUUACGGUUAGCGGUGGCUGUAAAGCGUCGUUUCUCGUUUGAAUCAUCUAAAGCGAUGUUCUGUUUAGUCAGUCCUUAAACGGCAGACCAUGAUCAUCCGGCUUACUGCGAUCAAUGAGUAGCUUACGGUGGUAAUAAUUCAUGUACGGUGUCUGCUGGAGAUUUUCCUUCCUGUUAUCCCAACGCAAGCGCAAUUUAAGAAGGCAGUGCCGCUCAAAACUUCGACAGAGACAGGACGUUGCCAUCUCCAAUGCUCUGGCUGUUGAGCUUCUGAAAUAUUCACGUACUGGGCGUAUGGCAGCAUCCGAAUGAACAAUCUGGAGAAGCCGACAUGAGUUCUAGAAAUCGUAUUGCAUAUUGAUUAUGUAUAUUGUUUCCUUAUGUAAAUGGCGAACAUUAGUAAUGCACACGUCAGCCUGCCCAUGAAUAAUAUAUUAUGUUCGACUUAUUCUAUUUUUAUCAAUUUUCCUCGUCCAUUGUCAUUGAAUCUGAACACGCCACGGCGUCAUUAUCACUACAACUAAUCUGAAAAAUAAUUGCGAAUACUCGGCCUGAUAUAAUCAGAAUAUAAUCGAGCAAAGGCAAUCCUGUUAUCCCGCGGCCGCUCGUGGCAAGGCGUCGAGACAACACGACAGAGUGUAGGACGCUGACGUUCUUCCGCGAGCUUCUUUUGCAUUACCUCGUGGUUGUGGGAUCUAGGUAAAAGGCUUUGUCAGCACUCGACUAGGACUCCAAAAACCAACCCCAUAAAUCGCUUGUCAAAAUUUCAUUGUGACUGGAAGAGAGAAAAAAAUUCAGAACCCUUCCACUACUGUGAAGACGGAAGCCAGCGAAGCUGUGACUAUGGUGGGUCUGCUGUAGUGAAUAGUGCCCCCCCCCCCCCCCCCCCCCCACGAUUAGAAUGGGCGUAUCGUCGUUGGGCAUCACCCAACCGAACAUGUCUAUCAUGAACGUUCCGGUUGAGAAACUCGUGUUGAAACAUGGCGGUCGCACCGGGGAAGUUGGCGCUAGCGUUGCCGAGGCGUGCACCACCAAUGUCGGGUUCCUGAAGGGCAAGACGACGCUGACGUUCGGCCUCAACAUCGCGCUCGCUCAACUCAGGUUCCGGAGCUCUUCGCUGACGUUUCGCCUGGGCUUCGGAAGCCCUCACGCUAGAAUCGACACGUCGACGACGAGCCCUUUCCCGAGCGCGUUCGCGGUGGCAUUGCUCAAACGCGACAGGACACGUCGUCAGUUGCUCAUACCCCCCUUAAGCAAUGACUCAUACCCCCUAAACGCAGCCUCCCCAUUACGACGACAGUAGAGAAGUGAAAUUCGACGCUGGAAGGAUUAGCGGCAACGCAGCCAGCUGUGAAAGCAGACGACGAACGCGGGAGCAGUGGCACGAGCGCAAACCGCGGGUCGCUAAAGCGCCAGCUGCGGAAGAAGACGACGACGCUCGAGCCAAUGCUGAUGAUGAUAGUUUUUUUUUUCUACACGCGGACAUGAUCCUGGGGAACUAGCCCUUAACAGCUUCGCUGUAAAUGCCAAGAUGGACAGCUUGCUCGAUGUUUUACAGUACGGAACAUUGCUAAAGGGAACGCCUAAUUAGUAUUCUGCCGUCGCAAUACAGAGCUCUGUGAUAAGGCUGCGGGUUCUGAAACACUCUCGCUAAGAAAGGACCCAGAACAAAGUGCAAAAGCAAACAUAAAAAAGGGCAUUUUCUUGCUCAUUCUAUACAAGAACGCCACCUAGCCAAAAUACAUAUAAGAAAUAGUUUCUCAAUGGAACACGCUGAAGAUUCGCGGGAGUUUGACUUACUACGCAAGGAUAUCGUGAGAUAAUGUUCGCCCAUUCCCGACACCCAUGUCGUUCGUGGGUGCUGUCCCGCAAACGUAAACGUGCGUGCUCAUACAUUUUGCACAUUGCCCAUUCAGCAGUCUGUUCUAUCUGUUAAGCUUCACCGCAAUGUACCAACGCCACUCUAUGGGCAAUCUUUUUUUUUUACUUUUUUUCGGCUGAUAUAGGUCACAUUUAACAAUCUUUAGUAAGCAACGUUGAGAGGGUACGUUCUUCUAGUAACGUGCGCAUUUACUGCACUUUGUAACGUUAUAGCAGUGUUUUGGUCAAGAUUAGAACACUGGUUGAUCGGCGUGCACCAACGUAUCGCAGCCGAAGCCCCAAAUUGAAGUAUUUUUCGUGGCCGGGUUAUCCAUGCCUUCGCAUUGCCUCUGGUAUUGCGAUCAUCGCGCCAUCUCCCCUCGCAGCCACGCAGUUACAGCAUCAACUUCACCCAUUGCGUGCGUGUCAAGCGGAAAAGCCGAACGUUUGGAAGAAGCGAGAGUCGUGCGGCGAACACGGUCAUCAGGGAGGCAACAUCCGACACAUAUGCCUACUUAUCGCAUAAUAUCAGUCGCAUUUUCCUGAUUAAGUCGGAGAAAUGGUCCAGUCGCAUUGCUUUAAUUACAGGUUAGAUGUUCUCUUUAACAUUGAACCAUACUGUACAUUGUCGUCUAUAUAAGCAUUCUACAAUAUUAGAUGCAUGCCAAUUAAAUGCGCAGCAUUCGUAUCCUUUGUCUCAAGCCGUGGCGCCCUGUAAAUUUUUCCAUGAUGAUUCGAAAAACACAUGAGACAGAAGGUGGCGGUGAUUACCUCUGUUGAUCAUGGGCAAGAGGCGAAUGCAGACUCUUAGAAUUAUAUUGAAGUUCUACUGUAUUGACAUAACACUUGGCAUGAGAGAGUUCAUUUGCUCAUUUUCAUAAAUAUUGCAUUCUGAAUUUCGGUUCUGUUUUCAUGUCACUCAUACUUUAAAAUAGUGAAAGCUUGUUGAAUGCAUAGGCGUGUUCGGUUUCUUUCUUGUUGUCUGUCUCAUCUAACGUGUGCAGUAACUCGCCGUUUGCAUGUCCUCGGUGUUUCUUGUACAUAAACGUAUAUAUAGUCUUAUUGCGCUAUAGGCGACGUAGUGGCGCAUAUCGUACAUCAAGGAGUGAAUGAAGAAAAAUGUCCGUUUGGACGGUCAUGUUAUGGUUGUAUCGAACAGGAAUAAAAAGGUUGCCUCC